ACCCACCAUGCAUGUAAUAUAUAAGGGAUAAGCAUUCACAACCAAUAAGGUAAAUGUAUAUAUAUACAUUUCAAAAAAUUAGAAAAAUUACAAAUUACAAAACGCACAAAUAUGGUGCCGUAUUGAAGCUCGUUUUAGGACGUUUGGUAAAGAAUGGUAGGAACGAUACAGUUUUUCUUCAAUAUUUUUCUUGUCUUUCUCUGUCUGUCUGUUUCUCUCCGGUUUCGAUUCCAAUCUCAUCCGCCAGAAAACCAGAGAGAGAGCUCUUCCACGAAGACCUUUCUCGGUUUUCCAUCAAUGGCGUCCUCCAUUCAACCUUUCCUCACGAUUUCCCUCUUCCUCUUCCUCUUCCACGUCGUUUCUUCCCAACCAUCCAUCAUCCAAAUCUGGCCGGAAAACCGCAUUCCCGACCACCAAUCGCCUCGUUCCGACGGUGAUUCCUUGUUCUGCGACAGCUGGAGAUUAUCCGUCGAGACCAACAACGCCGGGUACUGGUCAACCAUUCCUGUCAGGUGCGUCGACUUCGUGAAGGAUUACGUAACCGGCAACCGAUACCUUUCCGACUCGGCCGUCGCUUCCAGUGACUCGUUGUUGUUCGCUAAGAAUGUGGAGAUCGACGGCAGUGGAUUCGACGCUUGGGUUUUCGACAUCGAUGAGACUUUGCUUUCCAAUUUGCCAUACUACGAGGCCCAUGGAUUCGGGUCAGAGUCAUUCAAUGAAACUGCAUUUGAUGAAUGGGUGGACUUAGCUGAAGCCCCUGCUUUACCAGCAAGUUUGAGUUUAUACAAAGAGUUAGAGCAGUUGGGUUUCACAAUUUUCCUUUUAACUGGGAGGGGUGAAUAUCAAAGGAAUGUCACAGUGGAAAACCUUCUCUCUGCUGGCUAUAGUAAUUGGAAGAGGCUCAUAUUGAGGGAGUCUUCGGAUCAAGGCAAACCGGCCAUUGUCUACAAAUCUGAGAAGAGAUUGGAGUUGAUAAAUGAAGGUUAUAAAAUCCAUGGAAGCUCUGGAGAUCAAUGGAGUGAUUUGUUGGGUUUUGCAUUGGCUCAAAGAUCCUUUAAACUUCCCAAUCCAAUGUAUUACAUUGCCUAAACCAAAUUACCCAAAAUUGGGCAUUGUUGUACCUUGUAAUAUGAUUGUUUUCCUUUACAUUUCUUUCAUAAAUUUCUACUCUUGAAAGGCCUUUUUUAUGAAGCCUAUUCAGGAACCUAUAUUCUAGUACUUGGAAUUUCGGAACAAAUGCUUAGAAUAUUUUAAUCA